GGGAACUCUCCUCAAAAAUAAAAUAAGGGAAACCGUCUUCCUCAAGCGAUUCGUGGUAAGCUUAAUCUCUCCGAUCACUCAUGGUGUUCCUUUCGAUCCCAAACCAGAAAACCCUAUUUCUCAAUCUAAACCCUUCCACAACUUCCAUCCUCAACCUAAAGCGAGCCAUCGAAGAUGUUUCCCACAUACCCAUCUCGUUUCAGCGUUUGUUCUUAUCCCAAAGCUUUCAAUUAUCCCAUUUCAAUGAUUCCACACUUCUUUCCCAUCUCCGAAUCCUACCCAAUUCAACCCUAACCCUUCACGUUCCCUUAUUUGGAGGUAUGCAAGCUCCGACUAUCCCCAAACCCAGAUUGGAUUUCUUGAACUCUAAGCCACCUCCCAAUUAUGUUGCUGGGUUGGGACGUGGUGCCACUGGGUUCACUACUCGUUCUGAUAUUGGUCCUGCUCGGGCUGCUCCAGACCUUCCUGAUAGGUCGGCCACGACUAUUGGCGGUGCUGCCGCCGCUCCACCUGGUAGAGGCCGUGGGAAAGGUGGGGAGGAAGAGGAAGAAGAUGAAGGUGAGGACAAAGGAUAUGAUGAGAAUCAGAAGUUUGAUGAAUUUGAAGGCAACGAUGUUGGGUUGUUCGCAUCGGCUGAAUACGACGAGGACGAUAAGGAGGCUGAUGCUGUAUGGGAGGCGAUUGAUAAGCGGAUGGAUUCGAGAAGAAAGGAUAGGAGGGAGGCUAGAUUGAAGGAGGAGAUCGAGAAGUACAGAGCCUCGAAUCCGAAAAUCACCGAGCAAUUUGCAGACCUAAAGCGUAAAUUGUAUACUCUGUCGGCGCAAGAGUGGGAAAGCAUUCCGGAAAUUGGGGAUUAUUCAUUGAGGAAUAAGAAGAAGAGGUUUGAAAGCUUUGUACCUGUUCCUGAUACCUUACUUGAGAAGGCCAGGCAAGAACAAGAACAUGUGACAGCGUUGGAUCCAAAGAGUAGAGCAGCUGGCGGGACGGAGACGCCAUGGGCACAAACACCAGUUACAGAUUUGACUGCCGUCGGUGAAGGUAGAGGUACAGUUUUGUCGUUGAAGUUGGAUAGGUUAUCUGAUUCUGUAUCAGGAUUAACUGUUGUAGACCCAAAAGGUUAUCUCACUGAUUUGAAGAGUAUGAAGAUAACCAGUGAUGCAGAGAUUUCUGAUAUCAAAAAGGCCAGAUUAUUGCUAAAGAGUGUUACUCAAACAAAUCCAAAGCAUCCCCCUGGUUGGAUUGCAGCUGCUAGGUUAGAGGAAGUGGCAGGGAAGAUUCAAGCAGCGAGGCAAUUGAUUCAAAAAGGAUGUGAAGAGUGUCCCAAGAAUGAAGAUGUGUGGUUGGAAGCUUGUAGGCUGGCUAGCCCAGAUGAGGCAAAGGCAGUGAUCGCCAAGGGAGCAAAGUCAAUACCAAAUUCAGUGAAAUUAUGGUUGCAGGCUGCAAAACUGGAGCAUGAUACUGCAAACAAGAGUCGGGUUCUUAGGAAAGGUCUGGAACAUAUUCCAGAUUCUGUUAGGUUGUGGAAGGCAGUUGUGGAGUUGGCAAAUGAAGAGGAUGCCAGACUUUUGCUUCAUAGGGCUGUUGAAUGUUGUCCUUUACAUGUUGAAUUGUGGCUUGCAUUGGCAAGACUGGAAACUUAUGAUCGUGCAAAGAAGGUUCUUAAUAGCGCAAGGGAGAAGCUGCCGAAGGAGCCGGCUAUAUGGAUAACAGCCGCCAAGUUGGAAGAAGCCAAUGGGAAUACUGCCAUGGUAGGAAAAAUUAUAGAGAAGGGUAUAAGAGCUUUACAGAGAGUGGGUGUGGUGAUUGAUAGGGAAGCUUGGAUGAAGGAGGCUGAGGCUGCAGAACGUGCAGGGUCUGUUGCUACUUGCCAAGCCAUCAUUCAUAAUACUAUAGGGGUUGGGGUUGAGGAAGAAGAUAGGAAGAGAACCUGGGUUGCUGAUGCUGAAGAGUGUAAGAAGAGGGGCUCGAUUGAAACAGCAAGAGCAAUUUAUGCACAUGCUCUUACUGUCUUCUUGACUAAGAAAAGUAUAUGGCUUAAAGCAGCACAGCUUGAAAAGAGCCAUGGUUCCAGGGAAUCUCUCGAUGCAUUACUUCGUAAGGCUGUCACUUAUCGGCCACAGGCUGAGGUGUUGUGGCUUAUGGGUGCCAAAGAGAAGUGGCUUGCUGGGGAUGUCCCAGCUGCUAGGUCAAUUCUUCAAGAAGCCUAUGCAGCCAUACCCAAUUCUGAGGAGAUUUGGCUUGCAGCAUUCAAGCUUGAAUUUGAGAAUCAUGAACCUGAAAGAGCUAGAAUGCUUCUAGCUAAAGCUCGGGAAAGAGGAGGUACAGAACGAGUUUGGAUGAAAUCUGCUAUUGUUGAGAGAGAACUAGGCAACGCUGAGGAAGAGAGCAAGUUACUGAUUGAAGGGCUUAAACGUUUUCCAUCUUUCUUUAAACUAUGGUUAAUGCUUGGGCAGUUAGAGGAACGUCUUAAGCACUUGGAGAAGGCUAAGGAAGCUUAUGAGUCUGGUUUGAAGCACUGUCCCAGCUGCAUACCCCUAUGGCUUUCUCUUGCUCACCUAGAAGAGAAAAUGAAUGGGUUGAGCAAGGCUCGAGCAGUUUUGACCAUGGCCAGAAAGAAGAAUCCUCAAAACCCCGAACUUUGGCUUUCUGCAGUGCGAGCUGAAUUGAGGCAUGGCCAUAAGAAGGAAGCUGAUAUUUUGAUGGCCAAGGCACUGCAAGAGUGUCCAAAUAGUGGCAUUUUGUGGGCAGCUUCAAUAGAGAUGGUACCACGUCCACAACGUAAAACCAAGAGCAUGGAUGCAAUAAAAAAAUGUGAUCAUGAUCCUCAUGUUAUUGCUGCUGUGGCAAAGUUGUUUUGGUACGACAGGAAGGUUGACAAAGCUAGAAAUUGGCUGAACAGGGCAGUAACUCUUGCUCCAGAUGUUGGUGAUUUUUGGGCUUUAUAUUACAAAUUCGAACUUCAGCAUGGUGGUGAUGAGAAUCAGAAGGACGUACUGAAGAGAUGUAUUGCUGCUGAACCCAAACAUGGUGAGAAAUGGCAAACAAUUUCAAAGGCUGUGGAGAACUCCCAUCAGCCAACUGAGUCAAUCUUGAAAAAAGUAGUUGUUGCAUUAGGCAAGGAGGAGGGCGCUGUUGAGAGUAGCAAAAAUUAGUUUCUACGUAGUUCAGAUAUUUUAGGGUUUUGGCCGUUUAAGGCAUGUAUUAUUUGUAAGAGACUGAGUUCAGUUGUCAAAUUAUGUGAUCAAUGACUGAAAUUUGUGUCUUAUGCAAGAUUGUUAUUUGGUACCUGAUGACUCCUUGUACACGAGUGUCGAUCUUUCACAAUGAUCUGUGGUCAGAACUUCUCUUAAUUAUUUCACUAAUCGAUCAGUUUUCCACCAUUCCUCUGCAA